AUGUCAGGUCAAGUAUUGUUUUUUAUAGAUUAUUUAUUAUCAUUAAUUGGAAGUUUAUUAUUAGUAGUUUGUGUAAUAGUAGGAGUAGCUUUUUUGACUUUAUUAGAACGUAAGGUUUUAGGAUAUAUUCAAAUUCGUAAGGGGCCUAAUAAAGUAGGUUUUAUAGGGUUAUUGCAGCCUUUUAGUGAUGCUGUGAAGUUAUUUACUAAGGAACAAACUUAUCCUUUAUUGUCAAAUUAUAUUUUUUAUUAUUUUUCUCCUAUUUUUUCUUUAUUUUUAUCAUUAUUAAUUUGAAUGAGAAUACCUUACUUAAUUAAAUUAUAUUCUUUUAAUUUAGGUGUUUUAUUUUUUUUAUGUAUUACAAGUUUAGGGGUUUAUACUGUAAUAGUUGCUGGAUGAUCUUCAAAUUCAAAUUAUGCUUUAUUAGGGGGUUUACGAGCAGUAGCUCAAACUAUUUCUUAUGAAGUAAGUUUAGCAUUAAUUUUAUUAAGAUUUAUUUUUUUAAUUGGGAAUUAUAAUUUUUUAAAUUUUUAUUUAUAUCAAAAAUUUAUAUGAUUUAUUAUUUUUUGUUUUCCUUUAAGAUUAGUUUGAUUUGCUUCAUGUUUAGCUGAGACUAAUCGGACUCCUUUUGAUUUUGCUGAAGGAGAAUCUGAAUUAGUUUCUGGAUUUAAUGUAGAAUAUAGAAGAGGGGGAUUUGCUUUAAUUUUUUUAGCAGAAUAUUCAAGAAUUUUAUUUAUAAGAAUAUUAUUUAGAGUAAUUUUUUUAGGUAGAGAUAUUUAUAGAAUUAUAUUUUUUUUAAAAUUAACUAUAAUUUCUUUUUUAUUUAUUUGAGUACGAGGGACUUUGCCUCGGUUUCGUUAUGAUAAAUUAAUAUAUUUAGCUUGAAAGAGAUUUUUACCUAUAUCUUUCAAUUAUUUAUUUUUUUUUAUUGGUUUAAAAUUUUUUAUUUUGUCUCUAUUAUUUUAAUGAAUAAUUUUUAGUAUUAAAUAAAUUAAUAGAAGGAUUUACUUCUUUCUUAUGUUUUCAAGACAUAUGCUAUAAAAGCUUAUUAAUUUAAUUUAAUAAUUUAUCUCAAUAUUUAGAUAACAUUGGAUUAAUAAUAAAAUAAGAGAAGUAUAAAACUGUUAAAAUUUGUCCUGUUAAUACAUAAGGAUCUUCUACAGGUCGAGCUCCAAUUCAUGUUAGAAGAGAAGCAAUAAUUACUAUAUUUCAAAAUAAAAUUUGAUUUAAUGGAUAAAAUUGGAACCCUCGGAAUUUACUAAUAUGAGUAAAUGGAAAAAUUAUUAAAAUUGCAAUUGAUAAAACUAAUGCAAUUACUCCUCCUAAUUUAUUAGGAAUUGAUCGUAAAAUUGCAUAUGCAAAUAAAAAAUAUCAUUCAGGUUGAAUAUGAACAGGAGUAACUAAGGGAUUAGCAGGAAUGAAAUUUUCUGGAUCUAUUAAUAAAUAAUUAAAUUUUCAAAUAAAUCCUAUUAAAAUUCAUAUAAAAAUAAUAAAUCCAAUAAUAUCCUUAUAAAUAAAAUAAGGAUGAAAAGGAAUUUUAUCAACAUUAGAAUUUAAUCCUAAUGGAUUAUUAGAUCCAGUUUGAUGUAAAAAUAAUAAAUGAAUUAUAGUUAAUGCUAAUACAAUAAAAGGUAAAAUAAAAUGAAAAGUAAAAAAUCGGGUUAAAGUUGCAUUAUCAACAGCAAAUCCUCCUCAAAUUCAUU